CGUAUAGCUUCAUAUUGUUGCGCACUACUGCUACAGAUGAUGGUAAGAGUUGUCUGACUGUACCAUCCCAUCCCCCGGCGCUCCCAGGUUGUUACAAACGCCAUCAUAAGCCGUAGAUGCAUGUCCCUUCCUUCCGUUUCAUGGAACUAAAGCCACAGGAUUUAUCGGCCUCGGGACGCCAGCCUAUCAUCGACGUGGAUCCUUCGGAAUCUCGGAGUCCAUAUCGAAUCAGACCCCACUCGGGACUCCCUGCCAGCUCUAUAUAAUCGUGACUCAACCCCUCCAUGUAUCUUGACCACGUCCAUCCCUUUACAGCCCACGAAAUGGCAGCUUCUCCCCCGAUAGGCGAAGUCGUAUCCCUACCUCGAGCCCAAUUACCAAGCCCGAAGACAACAUUACAAGGCCGAACCGUUACUCUCGAGAGACUCGGCCUGCAACAUGCCCCCGACCUCUUCGCCGUGAUCGGCGGGACCGAGCCUUCCAACACAUCUCUAUGGAACUUCAUGCCCGACGGCCCAUACCCCGAUUACGAAGAAUUCGCAGCUACUAUAUCGCUUCGCGCCGAAAGCACCGACCCUUUCUUCUUCGCCGUCAUAGACACCAACAACACGACCUCCCACCGCGGCAAGGCAGUCGGCUAUCUGACCCUGAUGCGCAUCACGCCCGACCACCUGUCCGUUGAAAUCGGCCACGUCAUGUUCUCCGCCGCGCUGCAGCGCACGACGGGCGUCACGGAGGCCGUCUAUCUCCUGGCGGAGCACGCCUUCCACGACCUCGGCUACCGCCGCGUGGAGUGGAAGUGCAAUGCGCUGCAUGUACGGUCGCGCCGUGCGGCGGAACGGCUGGGCUUUGUGUAUGAGGGCACGUUCAGGCAGCAUAUGGUGAUUAAGGGGCGGAAUCGCGAUACGGCUUGGUUGGCGAUUCUGCGGGACGAUUGGGAGAGGCGCGAGAAGGGCGUGUUGGAGAAGUGGUUGGAUGAAGGGAAUUUCGAACAGGGUGCGCAGAAGAAGAGCUUGGAUGAGUUGCGGGCGGAUUGGGGUUCGUGAUGUCUUUUUACUCAGAGCUGGUUUUGGAUGGCUUGCGUAUUGUGCCCUUGGGUGGCUCCUUUCCUUCGGCGGGUCUAUUAG